AUGGGAGACGUUACCGCCGAUAAGAUCUCCCUAGGCCAGUACAUGUGGACGCGCCUUCACCAAAUCGGCAUCAACACAAUCUUCGGUGUUCCAGGCGACUUCAACCUGCAGUUCCUCGAUUCCAUCUACCAUGUUCCAGGCUUAAACCUGACCUGCAACCAAAAUGAGCUCAAUGCCGCAUACGCAGCGGAUGGUUAUGCCCGCGUCAAGGGCGUACCGGGCUGUCUUGUGACCACACAUGGCGUCGGCGAACUUAGCGCUCUCAACGGUAUUGCAGGGGCAAUGUGCGAGCACGUGAAAGUCGUCCACGUAGUUGGCCAAACAACACGAGCCAUGCAGAAUAAUCACAUGAUGAUUCACCAUUCUAUUGGACAUAAACCAGACCAUCAGUUGUAUAAUAAAGCUUCUGCAGGACUGCGAUACGCAGCAGCUGAGCUGUGGGAUGUUAAAACUGCACCGGCCGAGAUUGACAGAGUAAUCCGGGAGUGUUUUAUCAAGAGCGGGCCAGUCUACAUCUUCUUACCGCUAGACCUCAGUGCAGAGAUGGUGGACGCCAAAUUGCUGAAUACACCAAUUGAUACCGAACCGCAUAUCGACCAGGAGGCCCAGGAUGCUGCCGUCAAAGCCGUUGUAUCUGCCAUCUCAGAAGCGAAACACCCGUCAGUCAUCGUGGAUGCAUGGGUUCAACGGUUCGGGGCAACAAAGGAAGCACAGAGCUUUGUCCGUAAACUCGAUGUCCCAAUUUUCACAGCGAACAUGGGCAAAGGCAUCGUAGAUGAGACAGAGCCAAAAUAUGUGGGGAUUUGGAACGGGGAGGUCAGUUCACCAGGUGUCAAGGAAGCGGCGAAACAAGCAGACUUGAUCGUAACACUGGGUUUCAUUCCAUGUGAUACCAACUCUGCAGGGUUUUCAAGAAAAGUCGAUGAUAAGAUGGCCGUACACAUCAACCCCCAUGACGUUGUAGUAAAAGGAAAAUCUUACCCCAACACCUGCAUCAAAUCCCUCAUAGCCGCUCUCACCGCAGCCUUACCCGCAACACCAAUCCAUAGCAUUCCAAAAGUGCAACUUCCACCUCCCCGCACUCCCCUCGACAAAGACGCAACCCACCUGACCCAAUCUUUCCUUUGGCCUUCCAUUGAAUCCUUCCUCCGCCCUAAUGACAUCAUUGUCGGCGAAACCGGGACUUCCAACUGGGGACUUUGCGACAUCACCUUCCCGGCCAACGUGCAGCUCGUCACACAGAUCUACUACGGUAGUAUUGGAUUUGCUAACGCAGCAACACUAGGCGUUGAUGUCGCCAGACGGGAGCAGGAGGCAAAACGGGGGAAAGGACGAACGAUUCUGUGCACGGGAGAUGGAAGUAUGGCAUUGACAAUUCAAGAGAUUGGAACCAUGAUCAAGAACAAGAGUAAAGCCAUCGUAUUCGUCAUAAAUAACGAUGGAUACACAGUCGAGAGAUUAAUUUGGGGCGCUCGACAACCCUACAACGACAUAGUCCCUCACUCCUACGAUCACCUCCUCCCCCUCUACCACCACCCCACCCCAACCACCUCCUUCCACCGCGCCACCACAAAAGCAGAACUCACCGCCAUCCUUGCCAAGCCGUCGCUACAGGAUCCCGAAAACCUACAGCUCGUGGAACUGGUGCUGGACAAGAUGGACACGAGCUGGAAGCUGGGCACGGCACUGGCGUGGAGGAGCGAGGAACACAGGGACUAUUUGACGAGAGAGGGGUUUGUGGAUACGUAUGGCGGGUGGGGACUUGAUGGGGCGGCUGGGGGUGAUGUUAAGUGGAGUUAG